AUGCCAAAAAGAACAAUAUUACCAGACACACAAAAAUUUGAAUUCUGUGUCUAUGCCCGUGAUAACAAGAGGACUCGCCCAGAAUUUGUGAAGUGGAUUGAAGAAAAUUGGGGGUCAAAAGCUAUUACUGUACCAGAGCUUGAGCUAGCACUUAAGAAAUUUAUUCUAAUCUAUCAAUAUCGCACUAUUCUAAGUGAUGCUAUGAUUAUUAAAAAGGCAAAAUUGUUAGCAGAUGAACUUGAAGUUUCUGAAAACAAGUUAUAUUUUUCUUCCAGAGAAGCAAGAUCUGUUGAUGAAAAUGUUAUUACAGUAUCUUUGCCCUUAUUGCAAAGUAAAUGUUCUGAAUAUCCUCUUGACCAUAUAUAUAAUAUAGACAAAACUGGGCUUUUUUAUUGGUAA